CGAUCCAAUCCUUAUCUGUUCCUCUCUAGAGGAAGGGAGAGGAAAAAGGUGUCUUUUUCACAGGCAUGUUGCCACCAGUCUCUUAGGGGAACCCAUGAAAGUCAGAGUUUGAGAGCGCAGAAGAAAGACAGACCACUGGAUUGAGGUGUGCUGAAAAGUGGAGCUUCAGUAAAGAAGAGAAACACUAAUUCUUGACGAAUAACAGAGAGCAGGCACUUUGUAAACUAGCUCUGUGUAGCUCUGUGACACUUGACCAGGUCAUCUUGCAUCCAUUCACUCUCAUCAGUAAUUACAGUCAUCAACUGCUGCCAUGGGUGAAAUGGAGAAGAUGAAAAAGGAGGUUGAAACCCUGAAGGCACAGAUCGAGGCAGCACGCAAGGCAGCUCAUGACACAGAUUUGGCUGCUGCUGCCUCUGGAGUGUCAACUAAACCCUCCAUACAACUGAAGACCAGGAAGACACUGAAAGGCCACUUGGCCAAGAUCUAUGCCCUGCACUGGGCCACAGAUAGCAAACUCAUGGUCAGUGCCUCACAGGAUGGAAAACUCCUCAUUUGGGACACUCACUCAGGAAACAAGAUUAAUGCAGUUCCUCUGAAGUCCUCCUGGGUGAUGACCUGUGGAUAUUCUCCCUCUGGAACCUUUGUAGCCAGUGGUGGUCUUGACAAUAUGUGCACCGUGUACAACUUGAAGACGCCUGUGGUGAAGAUUGUAAAGGAAUUAGACGCACACACAGGUUACCUCUCCUGUGCCCGCUUUCUUAAUGACAAUGAAAUCCUCACUUCCUCUGGAGACACCACCUGUGCACUGUGGGAUAUAGAGACUGGCAAGCAGAAGAUCGUCUAUCUUAACCAUGUGGGUGACUGCAUGUGUCUGGCUCUGAACCCUGAUAUGAACGUCUUCAUUUCUGGGGCCUGUGACUCGUUGGCCAAACUGUGGGACAUCAGAGAGGGAAAAUGCACACAGACAUUCCAGGGUCACACCAGCGAUGUAAAUGCUAUUGCUUUCUUGAAUAAUGGAAACGCUUUUGUGACUGGAUCAGAUGACUGUACCCUCAAGAUGUUUGACAUCCGCUCUGAUCAGGAGGUGAUGUGCUACGAGGACGGACAGAUGAACAGUGCGGUGACAUCACUGGCCCUGUCUAUGUCAGGCCGCCUCAUAUUUGCUGGAUAUGACAACUUUAACUGCAACAUCUGGGACUCGCUAAAGGGCGAGAAAGUUGGAGUGUUGUCUGGGCAUGACAACCGAGUGAGCUGCACCGGAGUACCACUGGAUGGUAUGUGUGUGUGCACUGGCUCAUGGGACAGCUUUCUAAAGGUCUGGAACUGAUCCCCUCCAAAUACCCCAAAAAAAGGGCAAAUGGAAAAAAGGGUAGAGUUGGAGGGGAGAUGUAGCUAGACAAGGAAAAAAAGAAAGUCAUGAAAAAGAUCAUGGAACCUGUCAGACAUUAAAUGUCACAAAACAUCUCUCUCUCUCUCUCUCUCUCUCUCUCUCUCUCUCUCUCUCUCUCUCUCUCUCCUCUCUCUCUCUCUCUCUCUCUGUCUGUCUCUCCCUCCCUCUCUCUCUCUCUCACUCUCUCUCUCUCUCAACUCAUUCUCUCUCUCUCUCUUUCUCUCUCUCUCUCUCUCUGUCUGUCUCUCCCUCCCUCUCUCUCUCUCGCUUUCUCAACUCAUUCUCUCUCUCUCUCUCUCUCUCUCUCUCUCUCUCUCUCUCUCUCUCUCUCUCCCCACCUAUGAAUACUGGGAAAUUAAAAGUAAUAGAAAUGUCCCCUUAAAUAACAUCAGAUGUAGCAUAUAAACAUGAGAGGUGAAAUGUAUUCAAGAUCUAAAAUAGUGAAGCAUUAAUCUAAUAUGGGGAAAAUAAUAAAUGUUAAUGUUAAUAUUUUAUUGUACUUCUUAAAACUAAUAAACAGGAAAAAAUAGAUGUCAGAUUACAGAAAUCUAUAGAUGUAAUUACAGAAGUUUUUAUGUAUAUAAUAAAUGACUGGGAGCUUGCAGAGUUGAGAGAGAGAGUGAUUUCUAUCAUAUCCCUGAAGAGAAAUGAAACUUGUCUGGAACUUUGCUCUUUAUUCAGCUGAACCCACAAUGUGAUAUAUAAUAAAACAUUAGACAGUCA